GUUCACCGCUGAAUCUGGGAGACAACUUUUAGUCAUGAAUUCUUAUCGUAUCAUGAUGCGCGGCGCCUCUGUGCUGGUUAUGGUGUGCAUGGUGUCUGCUGCCAAGUUGCCAGGCUACAGUGCCGGAGGUGACUCUGGCUUAGGCGUCGAUCUCAGCGGCGCAGGAGGCCACGGCGGCGGCGCAGGAGGGGCUGGAAGCGUUUUCCCGGCCAUUUUCGUCGGCAAAGGAAACCUCCCUGCUAGUGCUAUUGUAGGUGCUGCUGGAGGUUUCUCCGGAGGCGCUGCCGGAGGCAUUGGCGGAGGCGCUGUUGGACAGGGUUACACUGGGCCAAGCACUGGUCCCAUUGUCCCUGUUGUUACCGUUGAAGAAGAAUACACUGCCCCAGUUGCCGCCGUGUCUCCUGUGGUCGCUGUAGAAGAGGAAUACACAGGGCCAAGUACUGGUCCUGUUGGACCUGUCGUGCCUACCGUUGCCGUUGAAGAGGAGUACACUGGUCCAGGUAUCGACGCUGGCCCCUGUUGUUGCCGUCUCUCCUGUUGUGACCGUUGACGAAGAGUAUAAUGUUCCUGUUGCCCCUGUGGCACCUGCUGUGACCGUUGAAGAAGAAUACAGUGCUCCCGUUCCAACCGUUGAUGAGGAGUACACUGGGCCCAACGAAGUCGCCCACGUCAGCCCCCCUGUUAGCGAAUACAGCUCACCAAACCAUUAAGGUUUAUGCUGCUGGAGCAAGUGAGACAAUGCUUCAUAAAGCUUUUACUCAACACAAGUUCCGUAAUGAAGUCCUCCCAAAGACCAAUGUUAGUUAAAUAAACAUAUCCUUCA